AUGUGCGCCCAGGACAGCAAACGUGACGGUGCAGGGACGCCUAAAAUGGCCCAAAUAUGGCCGACGACACUGGCGCACGAAACGCUGAAAGAUCUAUACCACGCUGACGAACAUUUCCUCAGGUUUUUCCAGAGGAAUCGUGCCAUCAUCGACCGCUCCUUCCUCUUCUUCAUGGGUGAUCAUGGACCGCGAAGAGACGGUAUAGGCAAUCUCAGGCUCGGUCAGUAUGAAAACCUCAAUCCUUUCCUUAUGGUAACUAUCCCUUCUGCUUACCGUAAUACUUCACUGCACCGACAUCUGAGGCAGAAGACGCUGGAGCUGAUGACAAAUUUCGAUAUUCACGCGACGCUUAUGGAUAUAUUGAAG